AAAAGGGGUUGGCUGCUGUAAGAGUAUUUACGAUUAUUAGGCAGCCCGAAGACUUAACAACGACCAACGACUUACGUUCAGUCAAUACAUAUUACUAUCCCUAUCCUCUCUAAUUUUUAAACAAGCUUUGUAAUUUGAAGAGGCCUCAAAUAAUUUCCCACAUGGAGCACAAGCAUUUUAUACUAGUCCACGGAGCUUGCCAUGGGGCUUGGUGCUGGUACAAGAUCAAACCACUCCUCGAGGCCGCUGGCCACCGCGUCACGCUGCUCGACAUGGCAGCCUCGGGCAUCGACACGAGGGCGAUCCAAGACGUGCGGUCCAUGGAAGAGUAUUCUGAGCCGUUGUUGAAGACCUUGGCUUGUCUUGCUCCUAAUGAAAAGGUGAUCUUGGUGGGUCAUAGCCUUGGCGGUAUGAACUCGGCCGUUGCUAUGGAGAAAUACUCGGAUAAGAUAGCUGCUUCUGUUUUCUUGACGGCCUUUGUGCCUGAUACUCACCACAAACCUUCCUAUGUCUUAGAUCAGUACUCUGAGAAAACGCCAAUGGAAGCUUGGUUAGACACAAAGUUUUGCCCAUAUGGAACUGAAACUCAGCCUUUAACAUCAAUGCUUUUUGGACCCAAGUUCAUGGCCAAACGACUUUACCAACUCUCCCCUCCUCAGGAUCUAGUUCUGGGCCACACUCUUCUGCGGCCGAGUUCACUGUUCACAGAAGACUUAUCAAAGGCAAAGAAUUUCUCAAACGAAAAAUAUGGGUCCGUUACAAAAGUUUAUGUAAUUUGUACGGAGGACAUAGCAAUUCCCAAGGAGUUUCAACAGUGGAUGAUCUGCAACGCUGGAAUUGAGAAUGUCAUGCAAAUCAACGGCUCUGAUCACAUGCCUAUGUUUUCUAUGCCACGUCAGCUUCUCCACUGCCUCCUUCAGAUUGCUCUCAACUACGCUUAAUUAGCUAAUUAAAACAAUCUUAGCUUUCUAAAAUAAAAAUGGCUACUCAUACUUAAGAUUGUUAAUUUUACACUAUUGGUUUUGAUUUAAUUGAAAUCGAAGGCAAUAAUUAAUAUUAAUGACCUUUUAAUA